AUGAUUCAUAACAUCCUCGUCAUUGGCGCUGGCCAGCUUGGCAGCCAAGUACUAAGGCAUCUGCUGCAACACCCUCAACGUACGUACAACAACAUCACUGCAAGAGUCUCAGUACUCAUAAGAUCCGAGACUCGCACCAAAACACAACUACUGGAAGCGCCGGGUCUCAGCAAGGAGCUGGUUGAAGCAAUCGGCUUCGUCCAAAGUGACAUUGUCACUGCCACGGACUCCGAGCUGGCGCAGGCGUUGGCCCCCUUUGAUCUCGUUAUCAGCUGCACCGGCUUUGUGGCAGGCCCAGGCACCCAAACUAAAAUCGCACGUGCUGUACAGCAAGCCGGGGUCUCGUUCUUCAUUCCGUGGCAAUUUGGCGUUGACUAUGACAAGAUCGGACGCGGCUCUGCGCAAGACCUGUUUGAUGAGCAGUUAGACGUGCGUGAUUUGCUGCGCCAGGCCGAUCAAAAGACACGUUGGGCUGUUAUAUCGACUGGGAUGUUCACCAGCUUUCUGUUUGAGCCGUGGUUCGGCGUUGUUGAUUUACCAGGACGGACAAUCACGGCACUGGGCGCCCUCGAGAAUCGCGUCACAGUAACCACGCCUAAAGAUAUUGGUCACAUCACAGCUGACUAUGUUUUCUCUGAUCCGUCGCAAAGUGAAACAUUCAAGAAUGAACCUGUCUUCGUUGGAGGCGAUACGAUUCCCUAUAAUCAUUUGGCGGCCAUCGUCGAGAAACAGCUCGGCCAGCCAGUCACGCGAAAGGUAUUGACGGUCGAUCAAGCGCGAGAGAAUCUAUUGCAGGACCCGCGAAAUUCGCUGCAUAAGUAUAGCAUUGUGUUCGGCGAGGGCGUUGGUGUCGCGUGGGAUCUGGAGAGCACGUGGAACGUGAAGAAGGGGAUUGAGCCCCGAGCCAUGACGACUGAAGAGUUUUUCAAGGAGGCAUCUUGCUGA